AAUAGAAGUAUAUAUGAGGAAUUAAUAUGAAAACGUGAAACGACAUAUUCUAAAUGCUCAGAAACGUAACAAACGACAGGAGCAUUCAUCGUCACAAGAGGUCCGGCCUGUGGCAGAGAUGUACAAAUGCCCGACUCCUCAAACAAGUCCACGCUUCCAUGCUUGUCAAUGGUUUCAAUUCAAAUGCUUCUGCUCUCAGAGAAUUCAUUUUCGCCGCUGCUGUCUCCAUUUCAUGCACCAUUGACUAUGCUCACCAAGUGUUUGCUUCUAUUACCGAACCAGAUGCCUUUAUGUGGAACACCAUUAUCAGAGGCUCAGCUAGGAGUGGGAAUCCCUUAAAUGCUAUUUCGUUAUAUAGCCAGAUGGAAAGCCAGUAUUUUACACCUGAUUGCUUCACGUUUCCGUAUCUGUUCAAGGCCUGCACUAAGCUUUCUUGGGUAAAGAUGGGUUUUGGGAUUCAUGGGAAGGUUGUGACGUUCGGGUUUGAAUCCAACAAGUUUGUUAGGAAUGCCCUUAUUCACUUUCAUGCAAAUUGUGGGGAUUUGAGUGUUGCAACUGCUCUUUUUGAUCAUUCUGCGGAAAGGGAUGUUGUAGCGUGGUCGGCCUUGACUGCAGGAUACGCCAGACGAGGCAAUCUUGAUAUUGCUAGACAGCUUUUUGAUCGAAUGCCUGUACGAGAUUUGGUUUCUUGGAACGUGAUGAUAACUGGGUAUGCAAAGCAAGGAGAAAUGGAAAAUGCGAGGAGGCUUUUCGAUGAGGUUCCUAGAAGGGAUGUCGUGACUUGGAAUGCAGUAAUUGCAGGGUACGUAAGUUGUGGUUCUAAUAUGAAAGCAUUGGAGAUGUUUGAAGAAAUGAGAAGUGUUGGGGAACAGCCUGAUGAAGUGACAAUGCUCAGUCUCUUGUCUGCUUGUACCGGUGACGGAGACUUAGAUGUUGGCCAAAAGAUACACAGCUCUCUUUUGGAGAAGGGUUCAGGAAAUUUAAGCAUUCUACUAGGAAAUGCGCUAAUUGAUAUGUAUGCAAAGUGCGGGAGUAUCCAAAGGGCACUUGAAGUGUUUGAAGGGAUGACUAACAAAGAUGUUUCGACGUGGAAUUCGGCUAUAGGAGGAUUGGCUUUUCAUGGCCAUGCUGAGGAAGCAAUUAAUCUGUUUAAAGACAUGUUGAGGACGAAAAUUAGGCCAAAUGAAAUCACUUUUGUUGGAGUGUUAGUUGCUUGCAGUCAUGCUGGGAAUGUCGAAGAGGGUAGGCGAUAUUUCAAUCUCAUGAGAAGUAAAUACAAAAUUGAGCCGAAUAUAAAACACUAUGGCUGUAUGGUGGACAAUCUAGGCCGUGCUGGGCUGUUAAAUGAAGCAUUUGAGUUCGUAGAGACAAUGGCUAUCGAUCCAAAUGCCAUUGUCUGGAGAACACUUCUAGGAGCUUGUCGAAUACAUGGCAAUGUGGAGCUUGGCCGGCGCGCGAAUGAGCAACUACUUCGAAUGAGAACGAACGAGAGUGGAGAUUAUGUUCUUCUCUCCAACAUAUAUGCUUCACAAGGAGAGUGGGGUGGGGCUGAGAAGGUAAGGAAGUCGAUGGAUGACAGUGGGGUGAUGAAAGAGGCUGGCUUUAGUCUAAUUGAAGCCAAUAACAUGUCUGUCAAGCAAUUUUUGUUUGAUUCAAAAGUUAACAAGUCUAUUCGAGAAAGCAAGGAUGUUAAGUCUGUUAAAACAUGUGAAUAUGUAGCAAAAUCGUAUACUACUUGAGAAGCAUUUCAUAAAAUAUUGGCUUUGUCAACAUGUUGCAGUGGUUUUGUAUGCGAAAAAUGCUAUGUAUGUAAGGCUCGGCUAAUUUGUAACAAACGGAUUAAUUAAUAAACUUAUUAUAAAAAGGCGUAUUCUAU